GCGAUACUCAAUUUUCGUAGAUCGAACGCUUUGAAAUGUGUCGAUCAUUUUCCCUUUCGUUUGCUGAUAUGUCGGAAAACAGCCGCAGCAACUGAUGAUUUUGCCUGUGCGUCGCCAAAACCAUGCUGGAUGGCAGAGAGAAUGACGGUACUAGGCGCGCUGGAUGGUGAUCGACAUCGUCAUGUUCUUGAAACAUGUUAACAUCAUGGCGACUCUGAGAGAUACAUAAAUCCCGAGCCAUCUCCAACUUUCAAGAGCAUCAUCAACAGCAACAGCAACAGCAACAUCUUCACCUCUCAAAGAUCACACACAACCAACCACGCCCACCAAGAUCCAAGAUCCAACUAAUGGUCUUUACUCGUUUCCGACUCUCGGGAUUCUUCAACAAAAGCAAGCGCAACAGCAUGUCUUCCUCUAUUCUCAAGAACGUCGUUCUCGUGGGUGCCUCGGGCAGCAUUGGCAAGGUCAUCCUCGAUGCUCUUGUUCAAGCUCCUCAGCUCCACAUUACUGUCCUCACUCGCUCCUCAAGCUCUCACACUUUCCCGGCAAACGUGACAGUCCGCCCGUCCGACUUCUCCGAGGCGGAUCUUACCGCCGCGUUUAAGGGUCAAGAUGCUGUCAUCUCAGCCGUUGGCGCGACUGCUUUUGCCGAGCAGAAGAAAUUCGUCGAUGCCUCCAUCGCUGCUGGAGUCAAGCGAUUCAUCCCAUCAGAGUUCUCUUCCAACACCUUGAGUCCCGCUGUCUGCGAGCUUCUGCCUCUCUUUGGACAGAAGCUCGAGAUCCUUGAGUACCUUAAGACCAAGGAGUCCAGCAGCUUCACCUGGACCGCAAUCUGGACUGCCCUCCUUUUUGAUUGGGGCCUUUCCAACGGCUUCCUCGAGUACGAUAUUGCUGGCAAAUCCGCCACCAUCUGGGACGGCGGCAACAGCAAGUUCACCUUGACCAAUGCCGAGCAGCUUGGCCGUUCAGUGAUUGCUACUCUUGAGCGGCCAGUCCAGACCGCUAACAAGAACCUCUACGUCGCUUCCGUUGAGACCUCGCAGAAGGAGAUCCUUGAGGCCUUCGAGGCUGCUUCCGGGUCCAAGUUUACUGUUGUCAACACCACCACCAAGGAGCAAGUCGCUGCUGCCCAAGAGAAGCUCAGCAAAGGUGACUUCUCUGGUGCCUUUGCCCUUGUACGCGCCACUAGCUUCGCAACUAUUCCCAACCUUCGCGCGAACUAUGUUAAGGACGAGCAAUUGUCCAACGACCUUCUCAGCCUCAAGUUCGAGAGUGUUCAGGAGACUGCUGCCCGCGUCGUCGCUGCUGCGGCCAAAUAGAUUGCUCCUCUGGAGCUGAUGGUCAGCGAUGCUUGAUGAAUUUCUUUGGUCAACACAUAGAUUCCUUUCUGUUACACUAGACUCUGAUUGAAUCAACU